GUGACUCAACAAAACAGGAAGCAGGAAGAGCUCCCAGUCAGUCAGGCACGUCUUUUGGUUCCAAGAAUAGCCUGGAAGGCCUCUGUGACUGAUCGAAACCUUUCCCCUACUUUCGCUUCGUGCGGCAGGAUGGCUCGCAGGCUGUCUCUCCCGGAGGCUGACCUCACCUGUUCCAUAUGCUACGACAUCUUCAGGGACCCGGUGGUCCUCAAGUGCAGCCACAGCUUCUGCGGGCCCUGCCUGCAGCAGUACUGGACCCCGCACGGGCGAAGCCGCGACUGCCCCCUGUGCAGGACCCAGAACGUGGACGACCCCGUGCCCAGCCUCGUCCUGAAGAACCUGUGCGAGUCGUACGUGCUCGAGAGCGAGGCCGGGGAGGACGCGGCGGGAGACGAGCAGGACUCGGACCCCGGGGAGAUGUGCCGCCACCACGGGGAGAGGCUCAAGCUCUUUUGCCUGACGGACAAGAAGCCCAUCUGCGUGGUCUGCCACACGUCCAGGAAACACAAGCAGCACGAAUGUUGCCCCAUCAGCGAGGCGGUCGUUGACGUGAAGGAGAAAAUGAAGUCGGCGCUCAGCUCGCUGCAGGAGAAGAAGGAGGCCUUUGACAAAAUGAAGAAGAACUACGAAGACACCGUGGCGCACAUUCAGGCCCAGGCAAGGUUUGUGCAAAGACGCACCCACGAGGAGUUUGAGAGGUUUCGCACCUUCCUCAACGAGCAGGAGGAGUCCCGGAUGGAGGCGCUGAGGAGGGAGGAGGAGCAGAAGACGGAGGAGAUGAGGAAGAUGAUCGAAGAAGUGGAGCGAAACAUACUGUCCGUGUCCGAGUCCAUGAGCCUGCUGGAGGAGGAGAUGGCUCUGGAGGGCGUCUCCGUGCUUUACAAAUGUAAAACGACACUGGCAAGAGCUCAAUGUCCAGUUGCGGGAUCUAAUAUGGCUCCAGGAGGGCUCAUAGACGUGGCCAAAUAUGUGGGGUCUUUAAUGUUCAAUGUUUGGGAGAAGAUGCGAGAUAUCACCAGAUACACCCCGGUCACCCUGGACCCCAACACCGCCGCCCCCUGGCUCGUCUUGUCGGACGACCUGACCAGCGUGUGCGACAGCGACGAGAAGAGGAAGCUGCCCGACAACCCCGAGCGGUUCGACCCCGACACCGCCGUGCUGGGCUGGGAGGGCAUCUCCUCGGGCAAGCUGGCCUGGGACGUGCACGUCGGGGACAACACGGCGUGGGUCGUCGGCGUGGCGAAAGAGUCCGUCAAGAGGAAGGAGAAGGUGUCUUCGGUCCUGAACAACGGCUACCUGUGCGUGUACUUUUACCACAAGAUGUACUUCGCGGGCACGUCCCCUCUGACGCGCCUGAGCCUGAAAAAGAACCCGCAGACGAUCAGGGUGCAGCUGGACUGCGACAAGGGCAGGGUGUCUUUCCACGACCCGCAUAACAACGCCCUCAUCUACACUUUCAAACACGCCCUCACCGAGAAAGUCUUCCCUUACUUCUGGGUGGGCUGUCAGCAGUGCCCUUUGACCAUUAAACCUGUGCAGGUUUGCCUGAGAACUGCUGAGUAGUAGAAAGAAAGAAGAACUUUGAGAUGAUCUUUUUCUCCCAGCAUAAAACUUUUUUUUUUUUCUGAAAGCAAAUUGCAUAAUUUCUGCACUUAAUUUCCGAAUUGUUCAUUUAAAUCGUAGUUACAUGUUUAAACUUAAAUCUGGGUGCACUGUUCCUUGACCUUCUUACAUUUCUUGAGUUUGUUCUCUUGAGCUGGCAUGCACUUUAUGGACUUUGUACUUUAGUUCACUGUUCCCUGCAUUUGAAACUUAAUCAAAUUUCUAAAAUGAAGCAUAACUAAUGUAAAAAAUACUAUAUAUAUAUGUAUAUUUAUAUAUAUAUGUGUGUGUGUGGGUUUCAUAUGCAAAUGCUAAUGCUCGUUUGAGCUGGUUUCCAAAUAAACUCUUUGCAAGCA